CCUAUAUAAAUCUUUCACGGAAUCUGUUACCGGUCUCUUGCAAAGCGAUUGUCUGGUCUUCUCUCGAUCAGACCUGCUUUUGAAGAAGGAAAAUGUGCGGCGGAGCUAUAAUAUCUGAUUUCAUUCCCACGAAUCGCUCCCGGCGACUCACAGCUGAUUACCUGUGGCCUGACCUGAAACAAAAUUCUGCAAAUUACUACUCCAAACCCUUGCGUCCGGCAGUCGUCGACGUCGAUGACGACUUUGAGGCUGACUUUCAGGAGUUCAAGGACGAGAUUGAUGAGGAGGAGGGGGAGGAUGUUAAGCCCUUCACUUUGGCUUCAAAAUCUGGGUUCUCCCGAGGAGGUUCCACUACUUUGAAACCGGUACAAUUCAGUGGACCUGCUGAGAAAUCUGCAAAAAGAAAGAGGAAGAACCAGUAUAGGGGAAUCCGACAGAGACCUUGGGGCAAAUGGGCAGCUGAGAUCAGAGACCCUAGAAAGGGAGUCCGGGUCUGGCUUGGGACAUUCAACACUGCUGAAGAAGCUGCUAGAGCUUAUGAUGCUGAAGCUAGGAGGAUCCGAGGCAAGAAGGCCAAGGUGAAUUUCCCUGAAGAGGCUCACCCUACUGCUCCAAAGCGCACUGCUAACCCAAGCAUAGAGAAGCCACUUCCUAGGCCUAAUUUGGUCUCUGUGAAGCAGAGUUUCAGUUUUAUGAACAAUGCAGAUUCAGACUUUUACGAUAAUUCAGGGUUUAUGGAAGAGAAGGCACCAAUUAAAGUGUCUGAAUACUUGAAUUCUAUCCCCAUUGUGGAGGACCAAAUCAGUUUCAAAUCGUUUUCCCCUUCUGAUGGUACCACCAUGUGCUUUAAUUCAGACCAAGGAAGUAACUCUUUUGAUUGCUCUGACUUCGGUUGGGGAGAAUGCGAGCCCAAGACACCUGAAAUUUCAUCAGUUCUUUCCUCGACAAUGGAAAGUGAUGGUUCUGAAUUUGUUGAAGAUGCUAAUCCAAAGAAAAAACUGAAGACCAAAUCCGAGGAAGCAGUGCCUAACGAGGGAAAUGCUCCUAAGAACUUGUCUGAAGAACUGCCAGCGUUUGAGUUUCAAAUCCCAUAUCUUGAGGGCAGUUGGGAUGCAUCAGUGGAUAGCUUCCUUAGCAGUGAGACAACUCAGGAUUGUGGAAGUUCGAUGGAUCUCUGGAGCUUUGAUGACCUCCUCCCACCAAUUAUGGGAAAUGUCUUCUGAAGGAUCUGUCUUUGCGGAAUGGCUUUAAUGUAAAUAAGACAUGACUGGUGUUUGGAGAUGGAGUGCAGACAAGACAUGGAGAGCAAAACAGUUGGAACCUACUUCUGAGACCAUGAAUGCAGCGUCUGCAGGCAGCUUUGGGUUCAUGGUAAGUAGGUUUUAGCUUUAGAAUUUUAAGCGUAAUUUGGUGUAUUGUUCUUUUUUUUUCCCUCCUUUUAGGGUACCUUGGAUUUGGAAGACAUUUGCUUUUCGGACUUAAGUCUGUAUUGAUGGUCAUGUGAUGAAUAUACUAAAGCUGUUCAAUACCAGCUUGAUCUCCCUUAGUACUUGGAUUAAAUAAUUUAGGGGGUGUUGGCUUCACCAAUACGUACUCUUCUGUCUUUCGAUUUUAGUUUUGGAAAGCAAAAGCUUUCAUCUUCAUGUUGGCAGAUACCACCGUAAUUAAUAAAUAGGAUUCUGUAUGAAUGA